AUUGUCUCGUGCUAUGUGUCAAAAAAAUAAAAACGAACCAAAAAUUGGAAUGGAUAACUUACACACAGAACCUUGUGAAUCGAAGUUGUGCUUUAAUUCAUUGCAGCCAUAUACAAAAUUGAUUGUUUUUAACUUAGCUAAACUGCAAUAAAUACAAGAGCAUAGCAGAUAUGUAUAUCAAACCAAAAUUUUUGAUUACACAAGCUACCGGAAAACGUAGAGAAUAUGCAGCUGAAGCCGAGGAUGAACCGAAUGAAGUAGACCUGCACUGGCUGAAUGGAGCUGUAGCUGAGAUAAUCCUGGGCAAUUAUUCUAAGGCCAUGGAGGUGAUCAAUCAAGGCAUGAUAUACAGUAAGGAUAGUCAUGAAGACAUUACAGCUUUGCUGGAACUAAAGAAUAUUGUGGCACGUCUGCGACUCAAAUGCGAAACGCCAGAACAGCUAAUUGGUCCCACUCACAAAUCUGCUGCGCUUCCCAAUAGAUUCAGUGUGUAUAUGCUCGAUCUGGUGCAAAAGGUUUUGCGCUGUCGAAAUCAUUACGAGGUGCUGCGCAUUUCCCAUCACGCUACCUACUCGGAGGUGAAGCGUGCCUACAAACGUCUCGCAUUGCGCCUGCAUCCUGACAAGAAUCAUGCUCCAGGCGCGGGGAUAGCAUUUCGACGCAUUAACGAGGCAGCGGACACAUUGACCGACAGUCAGCGACGCAUUGAGUAUAAUUUGCUGACAGUUGUGGGUGAUUGUGGCAUGAACAAGAGCUCUUAUAAUGUAAACCAGGUCCACGACCAAGGACAGGCGCAGUCACGCAAAUAUCAGCCUGCAAAUCAGCGUGUGCCUCAACGUCAAAGCCUAUAUCAGACCGAACAGCUUGUCAUUGGACUAGUCGCAGCUUUGGUUUUUAUUAUAAUUACUCUACACUACUUGGCCUCAGCGCCCAAUUACAGCUUUUCUCCCACCAGCAGCCACAGCGUUCGCAUGACCAGUCGGCUUAGCCGUGUGCCCUUCUUUAUAAGUCCCAAAUUGGCCGAAAGCCAAACGCCAAAGCAGUUGCAACUCUUAGAGCAAGAGGUCGAUGACGUCUACGUUACUGGGCUGAAACACAAUUGCAAACAGGAACGCAAGCUACGCACCAAGCUGCUGCAGCGAGCUCGACACAUCAACAAUCGCAAUUUACAUGAGCAUGCAUUGAAGAUGCCUACACCUGCCUGCCACGCUCUCGUUCAGGUGGAUCAGAAAAAAUACAAGCUAUUAGAUCACAACAAUGAAAUUUCAAAUGAAUUCUUGAAUUGAAGCAAAAUUCGAAAAAGUAAUACCACAAAAAGCAUAGACAUACAAUCGGGAAAUUGCAAAAACAAAUUUUAUGUA